AUGACCUUGAGUUGGGAUGGCCUUGGUGAUGACGACGACGAGUUCUUUGAACCUUGUAAUAGAAUAUCCUGCGCCGUACCUCAAGACUCGGCUCUCUCCGGCGUCGAAGAAGAUUUCGAUGACUGCCGCGUUUCUUUCUCUACCGCUGCGCCCUUCCAUACGGUGCAGUUUCAGGCGGUCCCAACAGCGGAGACGGCAAGGGCGGGCUUCUGUUCCGCCACCAGUCCUGUCUGUACCACGCAGCCUCAAGCGUUCACGAAUACGAAAACGGCGAGGGUGACCUUCUCUCCCGAUGCUCCCACCGCCCAUACAACGCAGUCUCAAGCAUUAUCGACGGCUGAAACGAAGAGGGCGACGGCGACGGUGAAACCAAUGGCGCCUGAUUACAAUGUCUGGAUGGCUUCUCCAGAAGAGUCCAUUACGAAACGUCGACAACGUCUUUUUCAAGGCAUGGGUUUAUCUCCCGACAAAGAGCUCCUGAGUUUUAAACACAUCCCUUCCAUUAAGGCCGUUAACGGGGAGAUUCCGUCGCCACACGAAGUUAAAAUGGCCGUCCCAAGCGAGGAACAGCAACGAAACGAUCAUGUGCAUCACAAAGAUGAUACGUCUAACUCUUCGCCUCCAACUCUGCCCCGAGGAUCAAGGUCCGAAGGCGAAAUCGAUUCAUUUUCAACCGAGAACAAACGAAGAGAACAAUUCAUCGAUUCAAUAUCAAAGCAACGUUUGACGAAAACAUCGUCUUUAGAAUCAACCCUACAAGCGGAAAAAUCGUACCCCAACAACAAUGAAUCCGCCAUUAAAGCUUCCACUCAAGAUUCAGAGAUCAAUUGCGCGCCGAAGCAAAACGAUGGAACAAGAUCGGGUAGUUUCGAAGCUUUUUUCCUGAUUAAGAAUCUGGACACGGGGAAGGAGUUCAUCGUCAACGAGUACGACCAAGACGGGAUGUGGAACAAGUUGAGCGAUAUCCAAACCGGGAAGCAGUUAACAAUCGACGAAUUCGAGAAAUCCGUCGGGUAUUCGCCGGUGGUGAAGGAGUUAAUGAGCCGAGAAAACGUUAACCCCACGAUGACGAACGAUACCGGACCCGAUCGGAAACUCAAUUGGUAUCUUUCUAAGAGCUUGAAGGAGAGCAAGAAGAGAGGCGCCGCCGUGUUGAAAAGCAUAAAAGAGGUGGCCACCAGUGCAAUGGCGUUGAGAAGUGAGAAAGAAAAGGAAGCCAAUUUGUUUCCCAUGGAUCAAAAGAACGCCAAGAAUGCCAAUGGGACGAACCAAUGGGUGAAAGUUCGACAAACUGGGAAAUCUUAUAAAGAACUGAGUGCUUUGUACAUAUGCCAAGAGAUUCAAGCGCACGAGGGAUCCAUCUGGACCCUGAAGUUCAGUACGGACGCAAGGUUUUUAGCCAGCGCCGGCGAGGAUACGACCAUCCAUGUGUGGGAAGUUCAGGAAUGUGACGUGACGCCGAUGAAUGAAGGGUGUUCGACCCAUGGUGGGAAUUCAACCCCACUUCAUUCAUCAUCGCUCACUAAAAAAUGUUCAUCCACUAGUAAAGAAGCCAAUCAAAUUCCUAGCUACGUUCAUGUACCCGAAACUGUCUUCUCCCUGUCGGAUAGACCAAUCUGUUCUUUCAAAGGCCAUUUGGACGACGUUUUGGACUUGUCUUGGUCUACAUCUCAGCAAUUGCUUUCAUCUUCAAUGGACAAAACCGUAAGGCUAUGGGACUUGGAAACCAAGAGUUGUUUAAAGCUUUUCGCCCACAAUGAUUAUGUAACUUGUAUACAUUUCAAUCCCAUUGAUGAUGAUUAUUUCAUAAGUGGGUCACUUGAUACAAAAGUUAGGAUUUGGAACAUACCAGACAGACAAGUCGUUGAUUGGACUGAUCUAAAUGAAUUGGUUACUGCUGCAUGCUACACUCCUGAUGGCCAGGGUGCCAUGAUCGGUACACAUAAAGGCAGUUGUCGACUAUACAGUACUGAGGACUGCAGAUUAAUUCAGUUAGAUCAGAUCACUAUUUCAAACAAGGUCAAUCUUAAAAAAAUCACUGGUUUCCAGUUUAGCCCCCUUAAUUCAUCUCGAUUGCUCGUUACUUGUGCCGAUUCCCGAAUUCGAGCUUUGGAUGGUCAAGAAGUUUUCUACAAAUUUAAAGGGCUUAAGAAUACAAACAGUCAAAUUUCAGCUUCGUUUACCUCAUAUGGAAACUACGUGAUCAGUGCAAGCGAAGAUUCUCAGGUAUUUGUAUGGAGAUGCGAGGAGCCUAAACACACGGCCAUCGGAAAAAGAGCAGUCGUCACCGCGCGCGGCCACGAAUGCUUCCCAUGCAAAGAUGUUUCCGUCGCGAUAGCAUGGCCAGGCACUUUCAAAACCGAGCCUGAGAUAUCACAUUCGAAACGACGCUCCAAAUCGUCGACUCGUGAAGACAAAAACAACAAAAAAAGCUUGCCGUUGCCUCCGCUUCCGAAGAAGAACGUUAACAAUAAUGGUAGAAUUAUGACGCUCUCCGAUGAAGAUAGCGAGAUUGGCGAUUCACCAGUGGUGUCGAGGUGUUCCAACGCUUCUGGCCCUAGCGACUUGAACGCUUCUGUUUCGAGCCGGAGUGCGUCGUCAAUAAGAUAUGGCGACUCAAUGUCAAUGCCGAGGUCUUCCAGUCGGAGGUCAGACUCGUUAAGAUAUGGUGAUUCGCCAUCGAUAUCUCCUUCUACCGGAUCAUCUUGGUCUUGGAUCAACGCCGGUGGCCAUGGGAAGAAAGCGGCGGCUUGGGGACUCGUAAUUGUGACCGCCAGUUUGGGUGGCAAAAUCAGGAUUUACCAAAAUUUCGGGUUACCACGUAGAGUUAGCCGGAUCUGA